CAGAGAUGGUGAUACCGGCAGUGUGGAUCGACCGGCAGUUGAGCCGCUUGUUGGGGAAUCUGGGCCAUGCGGUCGGAGAGAAACCCAGCGCCUUCAUCUUCGGGACUCUUUUCUUUUACCUUUUUCUCGCAACCGGGAUUCAAAACAUGAACGAUAACUUUGUAGGCGACGUGGAAUGGCUCUUCACGCCCACACACGGGCGGGGGUGGACGGAGGAACGCGUCUAUAAGGAAUACUUCGAACGGAAGAUCCACAGCGAACGACGAAGAAGGCGUAGUCCUCGCUUCGACGUCGACCCCAAUCCUCUACGAGAUCAGAUGACGCGACGCGAUUUCACGGACGACCUGGCCUCGAGUUGGCUGGGAAGACCCAACCGCCAGAAGCUCGCGAGACUCUCUAAGCUCCAAACGGAUCAUUCGAGCAAAUGGGACAUUUGGGGAAACUCCGUCUACUCGAACGAACUCGAAGAGGCGGAAGAGAAGGAAGUUCGCUCCGGCCGAGGCAGAAGGAACGUGAAAGAAGACCUGAAUGAGAAGGAGGGCAUCUGGGCAAUGGUCAGGGUCCUCUUCGUGGCCAAGGAAGAAGGGACCAUGCUCAGGAAUGACACCCUUCACGAGUUUCUUUACGUCACUAACAGACUUCGAUCGGCCAAACUCGAGUCUAAUGGCAAGGAAUAUACAUACGAAGACAUCUGUGGCAACCAUUGCUGGGAUCCGAGGGAAGAAAUCCAAAAUUUCAUCGAUCUUAUGCCCCGUUACGAGGCGGGAGAGGUUAACAUCACCUACCCAGCCUUUCUGGACCCAGUGACCUUGAAGGUCAUGGUCCUUCCCGCCAUUUUCGGUGGGAUCGAGCCCUCGGACGACGGUGCCGUGGUGACCUACGUGAAGGCGGCUGCUGUGACUCAAGUCAUCGCCUCCAAACCCAAGGAAAUCUUCGAGCUCGGUUACGAGUGGUUGCUAGUGGCGGAGACGGAGAUGAAUCAGGUACGAAAGGAGCUAAAGCACCUGGACAUAUACUUCUACUCUACCCGGAUAGCGACAGACCAACUAGAGAGAGGAUUCAACGCCGUGUUCCCCUUCGUCACAGCCUCCAUCUUCAUCCUCAUCGGCUUCUCCAGCCUCUGCCUGGUGACGCUGGACCCGGUCAAGUCCAAGCCCAUUCUGGCCAUCAUGGGAGUGAUUUCGGCCGCAAUAGCUACGCUCGCUUCCAUGGGCUUCCUCAUCUACAUUCAAGUCCCCUUCAUCGGGCUCAUCAAGGUCGCGCCCUUCCUCAUAUUGGUUUCGCAGCAUGCACUGGAUGAGAUCGCGCUGAAGACAGAAACAGAAGAGAAGGAGGGGAUCGGGUUGGAUGACUCGUUUGUUAUCGUGGGAGCGUGGAGACGGACGAAUCCUCGGAACAGCGUCUCGGACCGAAUGAGGGCGACGUAUGCGGAGGCAGCCGUGAGCGUGACCAUCACCUCGCUCACAGACGGAAUCAGCUUCCUCAUCGGGUCCCUCACCGACAUCCCCUCCAUCUACAUCUUCUGCACUUACACAGGGACGGCGGUGGUUUUCCUCUACUUUUGCCACCUGACCUUCUUCGGGGGAUUCCUGGCCCUCGUGGGAUACGCGGAGCAAGCCAAUCGCCACUCUAUCACCUGCUUCAAGGUCCCUGCCAAGUCCGAGGCCCGUGACAGGAACUCCUUGUUUCGGGCAUGCUGCGCUGGAGGAGUGUCUUCGAAGAACCCAUACCACGAAGACGAUGUGGACGAGCACCUCGGCAUGGUCAUCUUCAGGGACUACGUCGGCAAGCUCCUCACUUUCCCACAGAUCAAGGUGCUGGUGCUGAUCGGUUACCUGGGAUACUUAGCUGUGGCCAUCUACGGCGUGACGCAACUUCGGGAGGGAGCCGUCGGCGAGGACAAGCUCGCCCUCGACAUGUCUACGACCGGGAAAUACUGGCAGCUCAACGACAAGCACUUCCGCAAGUUUUCAUUCGGCGUCGACGUGAUGAUCACCGAGACGCUGGACUAUUCCCGGAACGAGACCCAGUGGAAGGUGGAGGACCUCCUCAAGAAGAUGGAGUCCCUGCCGCACAUCGCGCAGUCUUCAUACACGAACAACUGGCUUCGCAAUUUCCUCUCUUUCAUCUACACGACGGGGGAAUUUGUGGACUAUGACAUCUCCGACGAGGAAAAAUUCAUCAACACUCUCAAAGAUACGUUCCUGUUGGAUGGGGCGUAUGGAGGCGAAGUGAUCUUCAACAAGGCUGGGACAAAGAUCAUCGCGACCAAGUACCACCUCCGGACCAAGGACUUGCAGUCGAUGAAGGACGAGGUGAUGGUGAUGGUGAACCUCCGGGCCAUGGCGGAUGCAUCCGAUCUCAACGUGACGGUCCACUCCGGUCCCUUCAAGUUCUUCGACCAGGUCGCGUUGCGUCCUUUGUUGUUUGGAAAGUCAGAGCGAUUAUGA